AUGCUUCACCAAACUCACCUUCCUCUUUCACCCUUCAACUCUUUCACUACUUCCUCUUCUCCACCUUCUCUUCAUCCCUCUCAAGGUGAAACAAAAAUGGAGGAUUUUCAUGUCCAAAACAUAGCUUCUAUUGAUGAUUUCUCUGUCGAUGAUUUCCUCAACUUUUCCAAUGAAGAAGAACAAGAACAAGACAUUCUCCAACAACCUCAACAAGACAUUCUAGAAGAAAAACAACAACAAAAUACCCAAAAUCAAAAUGAAAUUUCACACCCCAUUAUCAACGACCACUAUGAAUCAUUACCAACUACCGAACUCACCGUUCCGGUAGAAGAAGCUGCAAACUUAGAAUGGUUAUCUUAUUUCGUUGAAGAUUCCUUCUCACAAUUCUCCAUGACAGAGAAUCAUUAUCUUCUUCUUCAACCAAAAGCUCCUGAACCAAGACCAGCCCUUUCAACCCCCUCUUUCAAAACUUCGGUACCGGGGAAAGCAAGAAGCAAAAGAACAAGAACCGGGGUUCGCGUGUGGCCAGUUUCACUAGUCGACUCAUCUUCAACCUCAAGCUCCACAGCUCUUUCUUCCUCUUCAUCUCACCUCGAGGAAUGUUCGAAGCCGCCGGAGAAAAAACCGAAGAGGAGGAUGGGUUCACUGGACGGAGGCGAAGGGAGAGGUGUGCUGCGGCGGUGUAGUCAUUGUGGGGUUCAGAAAACUCCUCAGUGGCGAACCGGACCGGCUGGACCGAAAACGCUUUGUAAUGCGUGUGGGGUUCGGUACAAGUCGGGUCGGUUGUUGCCCGAAUACAGACCCGCUUGUAGCCCCACUUUUUCGAGUGAAAUGCAUUCUAAUCAUCACCGGAAGGUUCUGGAGAUGCGGCGGAAGAAGGAGGUUCUUCCCGGUUCACCGGUUCACCCUGCUGCUCCCGGUUUUUGA